AACCCAUCCCCAGCCAUCGAUUGACCUCGGCCGACGUCCAUGGCCGGGGGCUUCCCCGGGGGCCCCGGGGGGCCCCUGGGCCCCGCGCCGCUUCCGCCGCCUUCUCCGGCGCUUCCGGGGCCGGCGCUGGGCUCGGCGGAGCUGGCGAAGCUGCGGCAGGAGCUGGCCGAGGAGGAGCGGCGCAUCCAUGCGAUGCGGAGCGGUGGACACCCGGGCUCCCAGGUCGCGGAGGACUGGAUCUUCCGCUCCCCCGACGGCGCGCCGCUGAAUUUGCGCCAGGAGCCCUCCCUCGAAAAGCCGAGCACCGGGCAGAUCCUGCAGCCGGGGGAGAGGUUCCAGGUGGUGGAGAAGCUGGUGGUUGGGGAGGUCACUUUCUUGAGGCUGAGGGACGGGAGAGGUUGGGCCUUCGACGGCAAACCGCAGCCAUCCUCCUCCCUCUGGGGCUGGUUUUCUUCCCCCGAGAAGCAGAUGCUGUGCAUGCCCGUCUCGGCCAUGCAAGCACCGGCGCCGGCGGGUCUCACACCAGCCUCUGUGCUGGCCCCGCGAGCUGCGGUUGGGCCGCAGCCGCACCAGCAGGUGCUUCAGUCACAGCAGUGGCAGUCACAGCACCAGCUGCAGUCUCAGCAACUGCCGCAGCAGCUCCCACAGCAGCAGCUCCCACAGCAGCAGUUCCCACAGCAGCAGUUGCCGCAGCAGCCGCAGUCGCAGCCAGCGCGGCUGCAGAUGCCAUACCCAUCGGCCCCCAUUCCAGCUUUGCUGGGACAGCCGGCCUCUGAGCCAAUCAAGAUCUCUAAGCUGGACACACGCUCGCCCACAGUGAAAGGCAGCCCAGCCUCCAGCCCAGCCAGCAAGUCGACGGGGCCCAUGCUGCACGUGCGGGUCCACUGCGCACGGGCGCUGAAGAACACGGACUACGGGGGCUUCUUUGGCAACAAGUCGGACCCCUAUGUGGUGGUCCGUUUCGGCAAGGAGGAGAAGAAGACCCCGGUGAUCGACAACGAGCUGAAUCCGGUGUGGACGGCUGGACGGGACUUCACCUUUCAGGUGGAGGACCCUAGCGCCAAAAUUCAGCUGGAGGUGUUCAACUCCAACAUGUUCAACGACGACACCCUGGGCAAGACGGAGCUCCUGGCCCUGGAGGCGGUGCCAACGGGUCGCUGGCUGCGGCGCAUCGACCAGUUGCAGAGCUCCUCGCGGGUGGCGCCGGCGGAAGGGGAGCUGGAGUACGAGGUGAUGCGAGAUGGGAUCGGGACCGCGCUCCGCGGCGCCAGCCUUCACAGCGGGGUGCCGUCUGCGGGUCUUCCGGCGCCUCCCCCGGAGGACAUGCAGCCGGGUCUCUACACCGUGGUGAAGAGCACAGCGGUGUACAGCACCUCCACCAAUUGCACGGACCGGGACAUCGUGGGCCACAUCGCGGCCGGCCAGCGGAUCUCCGUGGAAGAGGUGCUGAACUGCGUCUCAGAGGACCGUGUCCGGGGACUGGUGAAGGAUCCUCCAGGUUGGGUCCCGCUCCUGGACACCCGGGACGGCUUCCACUGGGCCAAGCCUGUGGUGCGGAAGAGCUACCUGGUUGACAACACCUGGCUGAACUCCUCCGGUGGUGGUCUCGCCUACCGCUUCACCAAAGACUUGCGCGACAAGGACCCCCGCCCUGGUGAGCUUGGCGGCGCGCCUUGGAACUCGGAGGUCUAUGGCGAGGACGAGGGCGAUGGCUGGCUCAAGGUGGCAGAUGGGCGCUUCCUCCCACUUGAGGUGGACGGCCUUCGCGUCCUGAAGGAGCCCGAGGGCGUCUCCGAGGUGCGCGAGGAGGCAGAGACGGCUGCUGCGGAGGAGGAGCUGGAUAGGCUUUACCGGGAGCUGAACCGCCGGAUGGAGGGCCUUCGGUGAGGGAGAACUCGGUGCGGGUGAUCCGAUGGGCUCUCAGACCGCGAAGGCAACAAGGAGGAGCUUCUCCUUUUGAGAUAGUGUGGAUGACAUUCUGCACCAAAGAAUCGC